AUGAGUCUUGCUGGAAAGCUGGUUAACCAAAUCGAGAUAAAGUCCGAUGGAGAUGUGUUUCAUGAAAUUUUUAGGUACAGACCACAUCAUAUAUCCACCAUGAGCCCCACUAAUGUUCAAGGCUGUGAUCUGCAUGGUGGUGAUUGGGGCACCGUAGGAUCUGUCACUUUCUGGAACUUUACUCAUGAUGGGAAGGAGAAAGUGGCCAAAGUGGCAAUUGAAGCCAUAGAUGAGGCGAAGAAGUCAAUCACGUUCAAAAUGAUUGAAGGAGAUCUAAUGGAGUUUUACAAGACCUUCAUCGCAACUGUUCAUGUUGAGGCUCUGGGUCAAAGCAGCUUGAUUGCAUGGACCAUCGAGUAUGAGAAACGAAGUGAGAAUGUCCCUGACCCAAAUACUUUGAUGGAAUUAGCCCUUAAUAUCACUAAGGAUAUUGAGGCUCACCAGCUCAAAUGAAGGGGUAUUAACCCUUAAUGUAACUUUAAAUGAUGGGGUAUAUUUAUAUUUGAUCAUAUAUGGCAUGUAACUAUGUAUUUGGGAGUCCCCAGCUUUAAUUAGUGUGUCGAAAAAAUGAAAUUAAGCUUGAUGAAGAUUGUUGUACAAGGUCAAAAACUGAAAUUAUUGUUGUGUGUGCAAUAGUUUUAUGUGUUUUGCUACGGUUUUAUAAUAUAUGUAAUCAAUAUUGUGCUUG